UGUUCCUGUUUAAAACCCUCUUGAAUGUAAACAUUAUCAAACAUGCACAUGCAGUACCAGUCCUGAUUUUAUUCUCUUUAUUACUGCAUUUAGCUGACAAGAUACGUCGACUUUUAUCAAGCAUAAAGAGAUGCUUAGACGGGGUAUAAACUCUGCCCAGCACUAUUUGGAGUGUAAGCAAUGUGCCGGAAAUGCAGAAUAUUACUGUAACACCUGUACCUACAACUUGUGUCAAGUAUGCCGGGACCGCCACACCAAGAGCCACGUCACCAGGUCUCACGUCAUCGUCGAGUACCAGGAUAGACAGGCGACACAACCAAAUACCGAAACCUGCCGUGUCCAUCCAAAUAUGACCUAUGCCAUGGCAUGUCAGGAAUGUAAACUUCCUAUCUGCAUCAAAUGUAUCACAGACAGCCAUAAUGGUCACAUCACCAAACGCAUUGAAGACGCAUUGAGAGAAACCGAGAAACGCUGGAAAGACAAGAUUCAAACCAUAAAGGAUGUCCUCCCGAAACUGACCGAACGACUAAAAGCAAUAUCCAACUACAAGACUAGGUCCGAAAAGAUACAUUUUGAAAUCAGAAAACAGAUGCGAGAAGAUGUGGAAAGGGUGAAAGAUUUUUUGGAUACUGUUCUUGAAAAAAACCUCAGCCGACUAGAUACUGAAGAAAACUUGUUUGACAAUGAAGUUGAAAACCAUCUCAGUCUUUUAAAUGAUUUAAUCGAUAACUAUAAAAACGUUGUUACUUGCAACGAAGAUGAAAAAAGAGGGCCCUACGAGAAGCUGAUAUUUCGGAAUGAUAUCCUUGAGUGUAAUGUCACGACACCUGCAUGGCGAAUUCCUGACAUUCCAACGUAUCACCGUGAAACUAUAACAGAGGAUGACAUCAAGAAAUUUUUCGGGAAGUUAUCCGUGCCCCGAAACCAAGCUACCGAAAAUACAGUGUUUCGAAUGAAAAUAUCACACGAAGAUUCAAAGGACACAUCCAGUUCCCCGGUAAAAAGACAAGAAUUUCAGAUACCGAUGUCCGAAUUGAGGCACAUUUCAAUUCAUCCACUUGAAGCUGAUAGAAUGUGGUUUGGAGAUAAAUCGGGUCAUAUCCUUUUCACGGAUAAACUGGGGAAUAAAUUGGAUGAAAUCAAAACUAGCGGUGAAGUUGAUCUCUUUGGUUAUCACACGGUGACUCGCAGUGGGGAUUUGAUGUAUGUUGACCAAUCAGUGAAUAGUAUCAAGAAAUACGCGUUAGAUAAAACUAUUACAACAGUCAUCACCACUGGGAGUUGGAGACCACAGUGUGUCUAUUCCUCCGACAUGAAUGGUGACAUAUUAAUAGGAAUGACGAAAGGAAGCGACGGCAGAGUGGUCCGCUACAAUUACAAGGGGCAUGAGUUGUGGCAGAGUCUGCACGACGUCCAGGGACAUAAUAUUUUCCAAUCCCCUCUCUAUAUAUCAGAAAACGUGAAUGGCGACACGUGUACAUCAGAUGGGGCUUCUAACAAUGCUUUGGUUGUGGUGGAUAAGGACGGAAAACACCGGUUCUCAUACAAGGAGCGUCAGGACACAUCAAAAGUCACACCGCACGGAAUUUGUACUGACGAUCUCGGACGGAUUCUAGUCAUUUUCGGACUUCACAGUAUCCACAUGAUUGAUCAGGAUGGACAGUUAAUCAUGGUGUUGCUAACCAGGGAUCAUGGGAUGUCAAGGGUCUUUGGGAUGUGUGUAGACAAUGACAAUAAUCUAUGGGUCUGUGGGAACAACAACGUUCAGAUCUACUGCAAGUGCCACAAGUGCUUUAUACGCUCAUCUGUAAAAUAGACGCGAGUCGAGGAGUGAUCCAUAACCACGCGCACAGACCCACAAAACGUCUGAAGGCAAUGACGAUAAAUGUGAAGUGAAAACUAGAAGUUACUGCUGGAGUCUUUGUAAGGAAGAAAACUACCAAAUGUGUGCAGACUAACAUAACAAUGGACUUUGUUUCCAUAACACGAAUCGUCAAUUCUGAUGCUAUAUAGCGGCGACUUUCAUUGCUCCGAGUUUUACCAUCUCGUUGUGCGGUACUCAGGUGGCCAUUGAGGUCCAUGUACCUCAGGUUUAUCGGAUUAUUUGGAUUUGACAUUUUACCUGUUUGCACAAAUUAGGAAGCGUCAUGAAUUCAUAUUGGAAUGUUCUUUCUGUUUUGUGCAUGUAAAUUAGAUCUUUUCUUAUUCAAAUUAAGAUUUUUCGAAGCG